UUUACGAGUGCAGGAUCUCGAUCUUGUCGCGAGACUUCAGUCUUGACUAAUUUGAGCGGAAGUACCUAGUGAGUCUCUUUUCCGGCGGCCAUAGCGGAGCAUCGGGCAUCAUGAAGCUAAAUCCCUUCGUCACAUCUUCGCGGCGCAAGAACCGCAAGAGGCACUUCAAUGCCCCCUCACACAUCCGCAGGAAGAUCAUGUCCUCCCCUCUCUCUAAGGAGCUGCGCCAGAAAUACAACGUCAGAUCCAUGCCCAUCCGCAAGGACGACGAGGUCCAGGUGGUGCGCGGCCACUACAAGGGCCAGCAGAUUGGCAAGGUGGUGCAGGUGUACCGUAAGAAGUACGUCAUCUACAUCGAGCGUGUGCAGCGGGAGAAGGCCAACGGAACCACCGUACACGUCGGCAUCCACCCCAGCAAGGUGGUGAUCACUCGCCUGAAGCUGGAUAAGGACCGGAAGAAGAUUCUGGAACGCAAAGCCAAGUCCAGGGCGGACGGCAAGGAGAAGGGCAAGUACAAGGAGGAGACCAUCGAGAAGAUGCAGGAGUGAACAUGACCUUUUGUUAACAAUAAAACUGUAUAAAACACA